AUUCUGAGUUGUAUAAAAAAAAGCAAGAAUAUUUAUCAACACUUUUUAAAAAAUGCACAUCGAAUAUGUGAUGGUUAAGCAAUUAUUAUAAUAGAUUUUUUUGUAAUCAGACUUCGCCAAUUAAGUUCAGAAAUUAUCAUAGAAGUUUCGUCUUUCACUGAUAAUUUAAUUUGUACUUUUGUAAGUUCAUUUUAUAGCGUUAGUUUAAUUUAUUUAAGUUACGAACUUCUUGGAAAUAAAUGCUUAAAUCAGAACUUCUAUGAACAAGUGUAGCAUUUAUUUAACUGUAUAAUUAAAAAAGAAAAAUAUAAAAGACUGUUGUAAAUCCAGAUUUCUUAUUAUAUUCUUUUUUUACAAUUGUUAUAGAUAUAAACAAUCAUAAGAAAUGAUUACAGUGAGAAAACAAUGGGCGACUUUAUUGCUAAAAGCGAUCUCUACCAGACAAACUUUAGAUGGAGUGGAGUAAUUAUAAACAGUUUGAUCGGAGGCACGAAGAAAAUUUUGACAUUUUCAAAUGCUUAUGGAGAUGUAAUCCAUGCAAUAAUGUUAUUUUAUACAAACAGACAAAGAGACUUCACGUAUACACCAUUAUGUGCAGCCUUCUUACAUUACUUAACAGUUUAAUUUCAAACUUUAAAUUAUUGUAAUUCAGUAAGUACGACUGACAAAAAGUUUUCAGUGGUCGACCCAAAAAGUAAAAGUAAUUUCAAACUCCAAUUUUAAUAAAUCGGAGUUUACCUCACUAUCUAAAAUUUUACUUGUUCAAAUUGUAAAAUGUGCUUGAACAAAAUGGACGAAUCCAUAAAGAAGACUCAUCCGGAAAAACGUCUUAUGAAAUUUAUUUGUAAAAACCUGUAUUAUUUGGGUUGCGGGCAAUAUUGGUACGAAUCGAUAGAUCGGUCUAAGUUCGAGACAAAAAUGUAUGUAUUAUGGGCAAUUAUAACAAACGUUUACUUGUAUGGCAUUAUAGUGAACGAAUGUCUUGGCCAUUUGAGAUCUAAUUUGACUGUUAAAGAGAAAAAUGAUUUAAUACAAUUCACUUGUGGACACCCAGCUGUUGGUUUGAAAUUUAUAAUUUUGUUCAUACGAAGGGAUCAAGUUAAAUAUAUGUUAAAAAGAUUAUUGGAAGGUACACGGCCUAUAUUUUCGUCGUUGGAUAUCGACAAGGCGUCUACGCAGAAAGCGGUCUUUUAUUGUAUUACAUUGGUGAUAACCACGUAUAGUACUGUGAUGUUAACGGAUUUAGAAGCUGUUGUUGCAUACUAUAAAGAAGGUAUACCAAUCCGGACAGAAGUGACAUAUUUCCCGAAAUCAGUAGACACGGUUGCUGCAAAAAUUUUCCGAUUCUUCAUUGAGCUGCAUUGGUGGUUUUUUGUUACAAUCAUGAUCCAAGUGGAUUGUCUCUGCUACUGUGCUCUGGUCUACAUGAGCUUCAAAUUUAAGGCUCUGCAGUUAUACUUUGAAGAGCUCGGCAAGAUUUUCUCGAAUUCUGGUAAAAGGUCACGAAAAGAAAUGGAAAAGGAAUUUAAAGAAGCGUUCAUAGUUGGUAUGGGUUUACACGAGGAUACUUUAGACUGCGCGAAGACGGUACAGAGUACUCUGGGAGCGAUUUACAGUAUACAAAUAUUCGAAAGUCUGUCCCUUAUAGUCAUGUGUCUUGUUAAACUCGUGCACGCGGAAAGAAACUUAAUGUUUCUCCUUGCUGAUCUGUCUUACAUAACGGUGAUGUUGGUAUUAACCGGUGUUUACAUGAUGGUGUCUGGAGAUAUCACACAUGAAGCGUACGAGCUGUCAACGUCUAUAUUUCAUUGCGGUUGGGAGAUGUCCAACAACCGUGACAUACGCGCGUUAGCCGUGAUAGCCAUCCAGAGGAGUCAAGUGCCUGUCUAUAUGACUGGUUUAGGCUUAAUCAAACUGUCGUACGCUAACUUCAUAUCGGUGGUUCGGUCAUCGUAUUCUUUCUUUGCUGUUAUGUACUAAAAAUGGAGCACCAUCGUAUUGAAGAUCAAAAAACAUUUUGUUCUAAUUUAUUAACUAGAUUUUGAUUUUGAUUUUUUUAAGCAGUGGACAGUUAACGGUUCAGCCGUUAACUGUCCACUGUUGAACACAGCCUUCCCCAUAAGGGGAGUUUUGCCAGUAGUUGCCACGCUUGGCAGGCGGGUUGGCAAUCGCAGUUAGGCUUCUACAGAUGUUUUAAGAGGGACGCUGCUGCCCAUCCCUCGACCUAUCUUAGUCGACUCUUACGACAUUUACGGGAAAGGAAGGGGUGGCCUAUUCUACGCCGGGACCACACGACGCGGGUUUUGAUUGCAGAAAUGUAUUUAAAAUAUUUUGAAGCAAAAUAUGAAAUAGGUGCAAAAGAUGUUUCAAGUGUAAUUUUAAUUAUAUUUAAGUACAUAUGUUUACCACUAUUAUAUCUGUGUGUACAAUAAUGUAUAAAUAAAUAAAUUUAAGUUCAUAAAAGACCCCGUUGUAUAUUAUAUUUUUAUACAUUAUUUAGUUAUUAAAAAAACUAUAAAAAGUAGAGAGCACAUUCUAUAAAAUUAUGUAUGGUAUCCUCAGAACAAUAAUGUUAUGGUUUUGUACGCUGUAAUUUCAUUGCCAUUUUUAUUUAUUUAUUUUACACUUUAUUGCACCAAGUAAAAAAAUAUUAAUUACAGAAAAUAUUAAAGAGAAGUGAUACAAAAGGCGGCCUUAUCGCUAAGCAAUCUCUUCCAGACAAUCUUUGGGGAGAGGACAUUGAGAAAAAGACAAAGGGUAGGUGGCGCACUAUUUUAUAGAUACUAAUGUAUACAAACAUACAUAUAUAAAAACAAAUAUGUACAUAAACAUACACAUAUUUAAUAGCAUAAAUACACCAGGAGAUAAUAACGGAAGAAAAUGAAGAGAGAACACAAGAAAAUAGUACUAAAGGGAGAUGUAGUAGGAUUUAACAGAGGUUUUGAAGCUAGUGAGAGUUUGAGCGCACCGAGUGAGUUAUACAGGCGAACUGCCUGCACAGUAAAGGAUUUAGAAUAAAAGGAAGAAGAAUGAACCAUAUGCCAUCUUUUAAACCAGAACAUUUAACUGUUUUAUAUAGUAUAAUAAUAUUUUAUCCAUUUAUUUAUAAAUGUAUUUAUUGUACAUAUAUAUUUUUUAUUUAAUACAUUAUGUGUAUGUUUAUAUUAUGUGAAUUUAUCAAGUAUUGCUUUAUUUUUUCUUUAUUUAAAAAUGCACCACCUACCUAUUUCUCGGUUUGACCAAUGGUUGACUGGUAGAGAACACCGUCCGGUGUUAAGUCCGCCAAAUGUACAAAGAAUUUUUCUGUGCAUUAAAGUUUAAAUAAAUAAAUAAACAUCGACAAAACAAUACGAUAAUAACUGCAAACACGGGUGGGACAGAAGUACUUACACAGACGAUUGCCAUACAUAUUGUUUUUCACCGGAAAAUUAUUUAAAAAUACUUAUUACAGAGCGUCUAUAGUUUUCUUUACGCGGUGCGGAGUAUUGGCGAGGAUUUCCAACCUUUUGUGUAAUUUGAACGCUAAGGAGCUAUCUCGUAAUUAACUUUUCUAUUAAAAGGCUAUAACAGGAGGAUCGUGUAACUAAGGGAUUUUAGAAAUUUAAUAAAGCUCCCAUUCAUUCCUCAUUCAGUAGCUGAUAGCAAAACAAAGCAUAAAAUGGAAUAAGCAGUUGUAUUCAAUAUGAAAAUUCGGUUAAACAGGAUUAGUGAUGUGCCGAAUCGGUCUUUAUUUGUAUUCGUUGAAAUAAGAAUCGAAUCCCUACUCGAAUGAGAACUCGGACAAAUA